GUCACUUGUGGGUUUCUCGAAAACAGGCAAAAACAUAAAUAAAACCCCCCAAAAAAAUGAAUUAGCCAUUUACUAUUUUCACAUUUCAGUUUUUAACCUUACUUUGGCAGUAAGUAUGAGCAGUGGGUCCACAGUAAGGCCCAUGAGCCCAAAUUUCUCUGUCGUGGUCUAUAUAAGUGCGCCUAACCCAAACCCUAAAGUCUCUCGAAAAACCAUCACCGGGGAAUCUGACGGCGGCUUAGUACCGGCGGCUACUGCAAAAAGGAUUGUGUUCUUCUUAGGCUUGAUACUUGCCUUGGGAAGAAUAUAACAAUCAUUUUGCGGUAGCUAAAACGCUAAGCUCUAUCGUCAUAUCUUUAUCAUUGAUACUUAUUUGAUAUCUAAAUAUCAUAAAAAUGGCCGCUCGUUCACUCUCCGGUGCCGUUAAAUCUCUUUGCUCCGCCGCAUCCGGAAGUCUGUCUUGUUCCAUUGUCUUAAGGAGGAGUUACGUUGCUACAUCGCAGAAUGUAACAGCAGCAGGAUUGAGUAAGGGAGGUUCCACCAGAGUUAUGGUGGGGAAGAUGGAACAGAGAGGUUUAGAUCAAGAGGCAGAGUCUGCUUGGGGACCAGAUCCAGUUACUGGAUACUACAGACCUUCCAAUCGUGCGGCUGAGAUUGAUCCAGCUGAGCUCAGAGAGUUGCUUUUGAAAAACAAAGCAAAGUCUUUCUGAGAAUUUUGAUUGGUUGGUUGACUUGGUUCCAGUGGAAGGUUGUCGUAGGCGACUAUUCUGAUUAUGUGUGUUUAUGUUUGUCUUGUAUCAACUAUUAAGUAAAAAUAAAGAUCACAUUAACUAGUUAAAAAUAUAAUAUCUGUUUGGAUCGACUAACACAACAUCUUUAGUAUAACAGUGUCUUAAAUGUUUUAAGAGAUAAAUGGGG